GACGGUUCAAGGUCACAUGCAUAAUCACGUGUCUUGGUUCACGUGAUCAUGAAACUGGUUAGCACGUGAUUGGCUCCGUGAGACAGCCUGACUCUAGUUUCAGCCUCUUGAGGCCAUCCAUCAAUGGCCCCAUUCGCCUGCAUCUGCAUGCAUUUGGAGAACCUCGUCGGAGCCUUACGCCCUACAACCGUGCGCGCCCAACUGCACUCGCGCCUGAACAGUCGUGUCUGACAUAUUCCUCGCCCGGCCAAAGUGUCAACUGGAACGCGCCUAUCGGUUUGUAUAUACCGUGUCUGUCUAUCUGUGCCUUGUUGCGACUCGUGAAAGAUUGAAACAGUUUCGGCCCGUCACAUUUCGUUGUUGCAUCGCAUUGCAUAGCAUAGCAGAGUAUUGCGCGGCAUCGCACGCAUCGCGACAGCCUAUUCUUCUUUGCUUGUGUUCUCCAACUUUGAAGAUACGGUUACCACCCUUGCACUUGCAAACAGGUACUGCAAAGAGUAUCGUCCUCUGCAAACAUAUCGCGUUCUACCAGGCCUCAGAAGGUCCUAUCAAGUUGCUAUUUCAGUUCCCUCGUCGGAACAUAUCAACUGGAAAUCUAUCACUCGCCACUAUGGUAAGCUGACCAUAGCCGUACAAAAUGGGGAGAGAAAAACGAAACCUGCCCGCGGCUGUGGCAGGUGGCCCAAAGGAGAGGCAUAGACGUGCACAAAGAUCUCAGUAUGAUCAUACAGCACCUGUCCCCCCUGGCUUUGUUGCCAAACCAGCUCUUCCAAAGACAACGAAACAUCACUCGUACUUCGAGUUUGUUGAAAACAAGGAUAAAAAAAAGAAGCUUGAAUUCCAGAUUACUACAAAGAAAACACCCCCUCCUGGUUUCGAGUUUGUCCCUGCCGGCAACCCUGAACUAACUCAAGCAUGCAAAGAACUAUCACGAGAAAAAGAUGCCAUGAUAUUUAUCGUAUCGGUAUGCAAAACACAGAUGUAUUGGUCUCGGCCGUCUGUUACUAACCUGGCCACAUGAAGAACGCAAAAGAAGCAUCCGGCUCAAAUAUCUUGGCUCACCAAGUCCAUCGCAUUGGACAUCAUGUUAGAGAAACAAUCGUCGAGGAAGCCCGCGCGGGUCUAGGACAUAUCAUGGAGAACAUGCUUCCAGCAGCUCGCGGCGCCCCCGAACCCAUUCCCGAAUCUCAAGAGGAAUACGAUGCACAAGUUGACGCUGCAUUACGCGAUUUGUUUCCCAGAAUUCCAAACACCGAUCGACAGAUGAUCAUCGAACAUGCUUUUAGACGGGAUCCAACGAACAAAAACAACAAGGAAAAAGUAGGCCUUUCGGAUGACAUAACCCUCGCUCGAAGGGUUCAACUCGCAGUGCUCGCUCACAUCCGUCAUACCCAUACAAGGUAUGAUACUUUGCUAAGGGAGACCACGUGGCAGAAUGCUCGCAAAGUUGUCGAGGCUCUUUGUUUGGACACCCUCGUCAAGUGGCGAGGAGAUGAGGAGAGCGGUCGGGACCAGCUGGAUGAGAUAUUGAGGGAAGUUGUUGUGAUAUCCGACUCAGAAGGUGAGGAAUCCGGCAACGAGUCCGACUCAUCAAUCGAAGAGGUUGUGUGUCAGUAUACGAAUCCCAUUCCCAGCAGGCCUGUACAGAAUAUCUCUGGCCAGGCGGGUCCCGGUCACCACCAAUCUCCCAGACCUAACCAGGGCGCACGAACGCCCGCCACGCCCAAGCCAAAAGGAAAGGUGAAGAAAGCAAAGCGUAAGACAUCCGCCGAGAAGAAAGGACAGCGCGGAUUCAAACGGUACCAAGCAUGGCAAGAAGCCAUUGACAGAAACCGCAAUGUACAAGAGCCAGCUCCCCAAUCUCCCCAAGGGCCAUCUCCUCAGUAUACCCGUGGUCCCCCGCCGCCUACGGCUCUGGUCCCUUUAGGUGAUGAGUUGCCUGCUGCAUCCCAGCUCAGAAUUGUUUCUGGAGGUGCGGGACCUGCACCCUAUGAGAACGGUUAUGUCGGGAAACCUCAGUAUCCCGCAAAUGGCCAUUUUAUAAGUACAGGGCCACAAGUUGCCCGCAAGGUAAAGUCACCAUUUUAUGACGCGCCACCUAGCACUCAUCCGCCUGUGUCGAGAGUGGCCGAUCGGCUACAGGAUAUGUUGGUGCAAUCCAUUGAGCCAGCGUCUCCUGAUACUAUGAAACCGUCCUUUGUGCGUGCAGUACCCCCUCGGGGACAAGGCUUCAGAAAUGAGCCCCCUAUGACCACCAGUAUGCAGCAUCCAGUUAUCAUAUCUUCUCCAUUGCGAGGCCCUCUUACAAGAGGCGAGCCCAUGGAAAUAUCACGACCUGUAAUGGGUGAACCGUUGGUUCAUGGAGAUAGGCCCUACCAAAUCCCUGGCCACGAUCCCUCACCACCCCGUGGUCACAUAUUCGAUGCCCCUGCGCAUCGCUAUAAUACAAGAUCUCAUGGAAUACCUGCUCCUCCGGCUCCUUUGGAUCCUUCAUAUCGUUAUGAUACAAGAUCGCGUGGAACACAGAACAACCCAGCGAGGAUUUUAGUAAGUCGUCGGCCAUAUGACGAGCCACAAAGACCAGGAAUUCGUGAUACCCCAGUUGUCAUGGAAGAUCGUGGUGGGUUCUAUGAACGAGUCCCAGUUCAUUCAACUGGAGACGUUCCAGCAUCAUCCCGUGAUGAAGCAGGGCCUGGCUCGAGGCUUGCUCCGGAGCCAUAUAGAGUUGCAAGGGAGCAACAGGCGGCCCCUUGGCAGGAAAACUCCCGGCUAGUACCAGGCAACCGAACCAACGCAGACACUGAGAUGAUCCCCAUCAAUCGCGUGUCUCUGGAAGAUCGAUAUCGCCCUAUUGUAACGGACAAUCGGGCCAGACCAGCUCAUGUCCCUGUGUCUUCAGGAGCUCGAGGUGAUAUUAGAAGUUACUUUGAGCGAGACUCUCGUCCCAUCCGUUAUAAUCCACCUGGCCCAGAGCCUCGUCCGGUCAUAAAUGAGCCAUUGGCACCAGGCUACGAACCGUACCGCGAGGUGUAAGCAGAGUGUGGCUCGUCAAAUCAGAAAGACACUAACACGAUAUAGUCGUUACGAAGAACGAGUACCCGAACCCUUUCAACAUCGGGAGCCAGUGCAUCGAUACUACCGAGAAGAGCCCGUUGUUGCAGGAGACGGUCGACCUCGGCCUCUACACCCGCGUCGAAUGGAGGAUGUAAUUGUGCUUGAGUAAUGCUGCAAGAUGAUUUAGAGAAUUGCGGAUACUGUUUGUUUUGCUCAUGAUAAUGCAUGUGCGUAAAAUAUUUGAGCGCGUUGAGCAUGGAAACAGGCGUUGGAGGUUACAUUGUUGAUAUUGCAGUCCGGCAAAAGCGAUUGUGAUGGAAUGAACUUUGGACGAUGGCAUGAUCUGAUGAUACCCCGAUCGGAGGAAAGACUUGACUACUACAAGAACUAGUAUUUGAAUUGUUAGACAUUUGGACGAGGCCUUUUACUCCCCAUAAUACGAUGAUGAACCGUAUACGAAUGGACUUCAUAAUUGCUCGACUUUUAUUUACCCUAAAACAACCCAUGAUCUAAACUCGAACUUGAAAAAUAAAACGAAUGCCGAAACCUCAUGACGCAUGGAAUGGGUAUAAGUAUGGCAUCUAGUUGCGUCCUCUCCUAGGCUUUCCCACGCCAGACACUCCAUGUCUCUUCUCAACACCAAGCCCCUUUCGUCCUGCAGCAAUGCCUCCUCUUCCACUCUUUCCACCACGACCGGCUCCUCUACCGCGGAAGCUUCCACGGCUACCCCUAUCCCGUCCAGGGCUGAUCCUGCUCUUGACUGCCGCAACAUCGUUGUCAUCCAUCUCAAAGUCCUCGUCAUCGUCGUCCUUGGUGCGACGGUUGGAGAACUUGAGCUUGCCUCCGCGACCGCGCUUGGCGACGUCCUUGCCCUUGAGAGCGGCGACGUAGGCACCAACGCCUGAAGCCUCAGGGUUGGGCUCGUCGACGUCCAUGGCACCCUCGUCGUCACUGUCCUUGCCGAGGAUGAGCUUGCCGUCGAGGUCGACCUUGGCCUUGGUGCGUGUGGGCUUGCGCAUCUUAACAGGCUUAGUAGAAGAGAUGUUGGCCAAGGCCUUCUUGUCGAGCAGAUCGAGAGGUUCGUCGUCGUCUUCAACAAUAUAUGUCUUGCCACCCUUCUGGGCCUUCUUCUUUUGCCUAGGAGCCUCAUCGUCGGAUUCACCAUCAUCAUCAUCAGAGUCACUGCUGUAAAGGGCCUGGUCGUAUUCGUUCUCGAACUGGCGCUUGGGCUGAGCCUCGUCGUCGUCACUAUCGUCACCGUCAUUCUCACCCUUGGCAGCAUCCUUCUUCUUCUUGGAACGUUCCUUGGUCUUGCGGAUGUUGACGAUCAAUUUCUUGUCGUCAUCAGGUGUGUUCUUGUGAAUAUUAUCAUAACCAAAGCGACGGACCAUGCGCUCCAGAAUAUGCUUGACCUUGGCCUUGAAGUGACCCUUGUGCUCAUGACUCCAGACAAUGAGGUUGGGCACGAGAGUUGAGAGACGAGGAAGCAUGAGCUCGACAGGGAGGCCAAUAACGCAGACCUUGACGAAACCCAAGCAGCUCUUGACGAUCUCUCGGUUGUUGGAAGUAAGGAAGAGAUCCAUGGUCUGGACCAAGUCAGAUAGAGUAGCGUCACUCAGUUCGCUUCGGAACUCAUAUAGAAGUCGGCUGAUGGCCGUAAUAGAAGCUGAGAUCAUGUGAGGUGUGCUGCCAGCCAAACCAGCGCUGACCAUAGUGAAGAACUCCUCGAUAUUAGCGGUUCCAGCAGGGGCAUCGUCGGGCAUGUGAGGAACCUUGCUGUUGUCGAUGGAUGUUCCAUUAGCCUGCACCAUACGGUGUCCCAUGCGAA